ACCGGGCGACUUCUCCGAGAAGGGCUUUAGCUAACUCCGCCCUCUCACUCAUUAGGCAGGACCCGUGGCUGUCCUCUCUGUUGCCCUCUCGCAGACAUUAUCACCCACUGGAACGACGAUGACGCAGACCUGUGUCACCCAGUAUGUUGAAAACCCGCAUUGCGCCAUAGACGUUCCCUAUGUUAGAUAACACGGAUCAGUGUCAGGCAUAGAGCGGGGCGAAUAAAUUACUUGCGGCUUGUCCCACUGCGCGUGCCCCCUCCGGUCCUCCGAUGUGCGCAGGCGCAGACCGCGGUAACCCCGCACAUGCUCCAUGUACACUGUGUGCGGCGCAGGCGCGGCGGCCCAUGACAGUUUAGAAACCGGGACAUUAGCCGGGACAAGAUUUGUGCGGGACGAACCGGUAACAAUCGAUCGUGUCUCGGGAAAUGCGGCUAAUUCGGUACAGUGGGCCACUAUGCGGUUGGACUAGGAGGCCGGUGGCACUGUCAUCACCGGGAGCAAGUGUCACAGUCGCUCAUCGUGUUGUGUGAGGAUCCCGGUCGCAGUGACAUCGCUGCUGCAGUCCCUGGCAAUUGUUUUCUGGAGGUCAUCAUCCUGUGACGUCAACUGGCCGCACUCUGACGUCAGUGUUACUGAGUUCUCUUGUGAGUAUUUUGUGACAUCACUACCCAGGGCUGGGAAUCACUGGGCAGUUCUGUCAGGGCGUGACCUCCUAGUGACAUCAUUGCUCUAAGCUGUGACACUAUUGUUUGGGGUCAGGCUUGUGCCAGCCCAGUAUGGAUGAGGGGGAGUCUCAAGAAAUGGUUUUCUUGGGAGACCUAUCAGUGGGUAUGGACACCUUUAUUCACCGGAUUGACUCCACUGAGGUUAUAUACCAGCCUCGCCGCAAGCGUGCAAAGUUGGUAGGAAAGUACCUUAUGGGGGAUCUUUUGGGCGAGGGCUCCUAUGGCAAGGUAAAGGAGAUGCUGGACUCGGAUACGCUGUGUCGCCGCGCUGUCAAAAUUCUCAAGAAAAAGAAAUUACGGAGGAUCCCAAAUGGAGAGGCCAAUGUCAAGAAGGAGAUUCAACUACUGCGACGCUUAAGGCAUCGGAACGUGAUUCAGCUGGUGGAUGUAUUAUAUAAUGAAGAAAAACAAAAGAUGUAUAUGGUUAUGGAGUACUGUGUGUGUGGAAUGCAGGAGAUGCUGGACAGUGUACCAGAGAAACGAUUCCCUGUCUUUCAGGCUCAUGGUUAUUUUUGCCAGCUUGUGGAUGGUUUGGAGUAUCUUCAUAGUCAGGGCAUUGUGCAUAAAGACAUCAAACCUGGGAACUUGCUGCUUACUACAGACGGGACGCUCAAAAUCUCAGAUCUGGGCGUUGCGGAGGCCUUACACCCAUUUGCAGAGGGUGACACAUGCAGGACCAGCCAGGGGUCCCCCGCUUUUCAGCCUCCAGAGAUCGCAAAUGGCUUGGACACUUUCUCAGGGUUCAAAGUGGACAUCUGGUCAGCAGGCGUGACCUUGUACAAUAUCACUACUGGGCUGUACCCCUUUGAAGGGGACAAUAUAUACAAACUGUUUGAGAAUAUUGGAAAGGGAGACUACUCGAUUCCGGAGGACUGCGGGCCACUGCUGUCUGACCUGCUGAGAGGGAUGUUGGAAUAUGACCCAACCAAAAGGUUUUCAAUACAACAGAUUCGUCGACACAACUGGUUUCGGAAGAAGCACCCACAGAUGGACCCUAUUGUACCCAUACCCCCUAGCUCAGAAACCAAGGACCGCUGGAGAAGCCUGACAGUUGUGCCUUACUUAGAGGAUCUGCACGGGUAUAGUGAGGAUGAAGAUCUGUGUGACUUGGAGGAUGAAAUAAUCUACACACAGGACUUCACAGUUCCAGGACAGGUGCCUGAAGAGGACAUGUUUGCACAGACGCAGGGCAGUGCACCUAACAAACAGCUGUGUAUGAAUGGCACAGAAAAUCAGCUAAAGGCAGAAAGGAGAGUCAGCUCUGCAUCCCAGCGCAAGGCUAGCACAUCAGGGGGCAAAAUACGCAAACUAUCAGCCUGCAAACAGCAGUGACCGAGGAGACUACUCUACGAGAGUGGUCCACUUCGGCAAACUCCCAGUGCCCACCAGAUGCUACAGCUGAGUUGCUGCAGUAAAGGGAACUGCCCUGUAAUUGUUCUCCUAUACCCUUUUCCCUUCUGGACCUCUAGGACUUGCGCAGUGUCCAGCGUCUGCUGCACUUUAUGACUUGAACUUAUUUCUUGCUCCACUUCGUUUGUCUGGCUUUAUACCACAUGUAUUAUACAUAAAAGAGGUGGAGGUCACAUCAUCAGCCCUAUCUGAGCCCUCAUACACAAUAAAAUGCAAAAGUGGGAAGGGAAUGGGAGCACUGAACUCCUGCAACCAAACCCAGCAAUUGUGUGUGCAUUUGGAGAAAAGGAGCCAUGUGUUAACUACCACAGGUUGUUUAUUUUCUCUUUAGUGAUUAAACGUUUAUUUGGUUUCCACUA